AUGGAGGAUGAGGGUCCCCGCUGCAGGACUCUCCCCAGGAUCGGAGCAUCUUCCCGCAGGCAGAGUCAGCAGAAACUCAGGCUCCGGGUGAUUUUCCUGGAUAACAGUGAACGCACUUUUGAGUACAAAGUCUUAGGAGUGGAUUUCUUCAAUAAAGUGUGUGGGCAUCUCAAGCUGCUGGAGAAGGAGUACUUUGGCUUGGAGUUUAGACACCAGAGCGGCCAUUAUGUUUGGUUAGAGCUGAUGAAGCCACUGGCCAAACAAAUCAAAUACACAAGUGACCUCUUCUUCCGGUUCAUUGUGAAGUUUUUCCCUCCUGAUCCCGGACAGCUCAAGCGAGGACUCACUCGGUACCUCUUUGCCUUACAGAUCAGACUGGACUUAUCAAACGGAGGACUGACGUGCAACGACAACAGCGCCGCCCUGCUGGUCUCGCACAUACUGCAGUCAGAACUGGGCGACUACAACGAAGAGAUGGACGCACAGCACUUAGACAUGAAGCAGUACAUCCCAAACCAGGAGUAUCUGGAUCAUAAGAUUGUCAAACUGCACAAGAAACACAGAGGUGUCACUCCCUCUGAAGCCGACAUCCAGCUGCUGGAGGUGGCUCGUAAACUGGACAUGUACGGCAUCCGGCCUCACGCUGCCCACGACGGGGAGGGCAUGAGGAUCAACCUGGCUGUCACUCACUCUGGGGUGCUGGUGUUUCAGGGAAACACCAGAAUCAACUCCUUCAACUGGGCCAAGAUACGGAAAUUGAGUUUCAAACGCAAGCAUUUCCUCAUCAAGCUGCAUGAUAAAGUUGGGGCGCUGGGUAAGGACACGCUGGAGUUCUGCAUGGCCAGUCGAGACGUGUGUAAAUCCUUCUGGAAGAUCUGUGUGGAGUACCACGCCUUCUUCAGGCUGCCAGAGGAACCAGACACCGUGCACAAGACUCUGCUCUCCUGCAAGGGCUCCAGGUUCAGAUACAGAACAUAUUACCAGUCUGAUUAUGACGAGCGACAGUGCAGAUCCUCUCCAGACCUCCUCACAGAUGUUUCUAAACAGAUCUUCGAACACUCCUUUCUCUUCCCUCCGUCUUCUGGCGUCUUGGCCGUUCAGAGCGACACCGAGCUGGACCCUCAUCGCCGCCAUCUUCAAAACAUGGAAUUCGACUCAACCCUGGACUCCAACGGCCUGGCCAAGCGCAGCCACUCCUCCGCCGAAGUCUCGCAGGGGUUCCGACCGUUCACCCAGGUCACCCCGCUCUCCCCGUCCCUCUACCACCACCACCACUCCCCGAAACCGCGAUGCGCCUCUACCUCCGGCGCCGAGGACCAUAAGCAGCAUGCACGCGUGGGCCAACUCCGGCAAGCGCAGAGACUCGCCGGGGUCUACGCCAAUCGCUCCAGACGACGACCGAACCCGCAACCGCCUCCAGACGCUCCGCAAGGACUGGUUCUCUUAUACCCCAACAACCCGGCGUACCAGUACCACCCGGUUUUGCCGACGUUCCCGAUGGCCGCGCCUCUCCCAAACCUCCCCUAUCUUUCCGAUUACGUCUCGUCUCUGGAGCGAUUCACUCAGCCUCAAAGACGAGACUUCACCGCCGCAGAAGCACGUCAGACUUAUUACCCGCUAGCGCACGAUUCGCCCACGCCGCGGAGAAACUUGCGCACGCACGGAACCGGCGGAUUGGGGCUACCGCGCGUGUACCCGCCGGGAAGCAGCGCGGGGAGGUUUAUAGGCGUGGGAGUUGAGGCGGGACAUUACAGCGACGAUUGCAGAUUUCUUCCUGGAUUGCCGCGUCGCGCAGCCAGCCAGCCGGACGUCAAGUUUACCUUUCCCAGAAGCACAAACCCGGCAUCGGAAUUUCGCCCGCUGGGAUAUUACCCGCAUUUGGCGAGACCGACGCGACCCACGUAUUUGCCGUUGAAUUCCUCGCCGUUGCCAGAGAGACCGGCUUCCAUGUGUGUGUUCAGCAGCGCGACCGGAAGCUACAGCGACACGGAGCAGGAAGUGUUUUAUCCGUAUUACUUGCCGCAGCCCGCUUUGGGGAACAUGGGGAGAGCGUCCGCGGCUGGGUUGGCACGGAUGCGGUUUUCGUCCGGAAGCUUGCAGCUCGACGAGGAGGAAGAAGAGGAAGAGGAGGAAGAGGUAAAAAGUAAAAAAGAGUUGAAGAUUGAAGUGGAGAGAAAAGAAGGAGGCAAAGGAGCAGCUAAAAUUACCAAGAUAACUUUGUGA